GUCCCCGAGCUGCAGCCCGGAGCCCGCGGAGCCGCCGCCCGCGGGGAGGCCAUCUGGAGCCUCUCCACAUGCUGACGUGAUGACCGUGUGCAGGCCGGCCCAGGGCAGCCUCAGACAGGCCGCAGACCUGAGCUCCAGACUGGCUGACAGGGUCAAAGUGGAGUGCGGAGGCUGGAGAAGGCCCUGGAAGGCAGCCACGAGGGUUCUACACACCUUUCCCUGAGAGCGAUCGAGGGUGAGCCCCCCCAGCCGCAUGCCGGGGGCCAGAGUGGCCAUGUUGGGCUCAAGCAUGCUCAUCGGGAGCCCCACUGCGGAGCCCAGCACCAGAGAAGCCGGCAGGCCGGGGAGAAGCCCCCACCCCUGCUCCCGAGCUGGGGACCCAUCCAAGCCCCUGAGCAUAAAGGACAAGAUAUCUGAGUGGGAAGGCAAGAAGGAGUCCCCCAUGGGACCGGGCAGUGGGGCCGAUGGGCCAGAGGAGACCCUGGCUUCCUGCACGAUGGACAGAGGGGGUGAGGGGGCCAGAACUCGCCUUUCCGACGCUAGGAAUGGACUAAAGCCUCACCCAGAGAGCCCGGAACCUGACUGCAGGACAGCAAGAUCUAGGGGUCCCCAUGCAGACCUGGGCCAGGUCAACGGGGGCCACGGUCGAGGCCGGGAGCCAAGGAUCAGCAAACCCCACUCCCAGAGUGACCACCGCUCAGUGCUGAAGCAGGUCAAGAGGCUGGAGCAGGCCUUGAAGGACGGCUCAGCCGGCUUAGACCCCCAGUUGCCGGGGACCUGUUACUCCCCACAUUGCCUGCCUGACAAGGCAGAGGAGGGGUCUCCCCUGUCUGAUUGUGCCAGGGUCGGGGGUCGUUCAGAAACCCAGCCCAGGGGGCACCAGCCCUUGAACCUGGAGGGCAGGGAACGGUCCGUGGAGGCUUCCGAGGACAAGAAGGGCUGCCAAGGCACCUCCCAAAAGCCCUUCAUCAACCCCCUGCCCAAACCCCGGAGAACGUUCAAACAUGCGGGAGACGGGGACAAGGAUCCAGGCCCAGGCCCAGGCCUCAGGAAAGAGAAGAGGAACCUGCCCCCCCUGCCCUCCCUGCCUCCCCCACCCCUGCCCUCCUCCCCCCCUCCUGCCUCAGUGAACAGAAGACUGUGGGCGGGGAGGCCGAGGUCCAGCGCUGACCACAGGAAGUCCUAUGAAUUUGAAGACUUGCUGCAGACGUCCUCCGAGAGCAGGGUGGACUGGUAUGCCCAGACUAAGCUGGGGCUCACACGCACCUUCUCUGAGGAGAACGUUUAUGAGGACAUUCUAGAUCCACCAGUGAAGGAGAACCCUUACGAGGACAUCGAGCUACAUGGCCGCUGCCUGGGCAAGAAGUGUGUCCUCACCUUCCCCGUGUCUCCCACCUCUUCCAUCCCAGACACAUCUACCAAGACAUUGUCCAAACCGACUUUUUUCCGGCAAAAUUCCGAGAGGAGGAAUUUCAAGCUCCUGGACGCUAGGAAGCUGAGUCGGGAUGGAACUGGGUCCCCUUCCAAAACCAGCCCCCCCUCCACGCCCAGCAGCCCCGACGACACCUUCUUUAACCUAGGAGACCAACAGAAUGGCAGGAAGAAGAAGAAGAUCCCCAAGCUGGUGUUGAGAAUCAAUGCCAUUUAUGAGGCCCGGAGAGGAAAGAAACGGGUCAAGAGGCUGUCCCAGUCCACAGAGAGCAACUCAGGAAAAGUGACAGACGAGAACAGUGAGUCUGACAGCGACACAGAGGAGAAGCUGAAAGCUCACAGCCAGCGCCUGGUGAACGUGAAGUCCCGCCUGAAGCAGGCCCCUCGGUACCCACCUCCCGCCAGAGAGCUCCUGGAGUACCAGGAGAGGGAGCUGUUCGAGUACUUCGUGGUGGUGUCGCUGCACAGGAAGCAGGCGGGGGCCGCCUAUGUGCCUGAGCUCACCCAGCAGUUCCCCCUAAAGUUGGAAAGGUCUUUCAAGUUCGUGAGAGAGGCUGAGGACCAGCUGAAGGCUAUUCCUCAGUUCUGUUUCCCAGACGCUAAGGACUGGAGUCCUGUCCAGCAGUUUACCAGUGAAACAUUCUCAUUUGUCUUAACUGGAGAAGAUGGGAGCCGAAGAUUUGGAUAUUGCCGAAGACUGCUGCCUGGGGGCAGAGGGAAACGCCUUCCUGAAGUUUACUGCAUCGUGAGCCGGCUGGGCUGCUUCAGCCUCUUUUCAAAGAUCUUGGACGAGGUGGAAAAGAGACGCGGCAUCUCCCCGGCCCUGGUGCAGCCCCUCAUGAGGAGUGUUAUGGAAGCGCCUUUCCCAGCCCUGGGCAAAACCAUCCUCGUCAAGAACUUCUUACCAGGCUCAGGGACUGAGGUGAUUGAGCUGUGCCGCCCACUGGACUCCCGGCUCGAACACGUGGACUUUGAAUCUCUCUUCUCCUCCCUCAGCAUCCGCCACUUGGUCUGUGUAUUUGCCUCCCUGCUGCUGGAAAGGAGGGUCAUCUUCAUCGCCGACAAGCUCAGCACCCUGUCCAAGUGCUGCCAUGCCAUGGUGGCUCUCAUCUACCCCUUCAGCUGGCAGCACACCUACAUUCCUGUGCUCCCGCCAGCCAUGAUCGACAUCGUGUGCUCACCCACGCCCUUCAUCAUCGGGCUGCUGUCCAGCUCGCUGCCGCUGCUCAGGGAACUGCCGCUGGAAGAGGUGCUCGUGGUGGACCUCAUCAACGAUCGCUUCCUCAGACAGAUGGAGGAUGAAGAUUCCAUCCUGCCCCGGAAGCUUCAGGUGGCCCUGGAACACAUUCUGGAGCAGAGGAACGAGCUGGCCUGUGACCUGGACGGAGGGCCCCCGGGCUGCACCUACGGCCCGGCGUCCAGCCCCUUGAAUGCGGUGGUGUCCGAGGCCUUUGUCCGCUUCUUUGUGGAGAUGGUGGGCCACUACUCCUUGUUCCUGACGCCGGGCGAGCGGGAGGAGCGGAGCCUGCAGCGGGACGCCUUCCGCAAAGCCGUCUCCUCCAAGAGCCUGCGCCGCUUCCUGGAGGUGUUCAUGGAGACCCAGACCUUCCGUGGCUUCAUCCAGGAGCGGGAGCUGCGCCGGCAAGAUGCCAAGGGUCUGUUUGAGGUCCGAGCCCAGGAGUACUUGGAAAGCCUUCCCAGCGGCGUGCACAGCGGGGUCAACAGAUUCCUCAAAGGUCUUGGCAAUAAAAUGAAGUUUCUUCAUAAGAAAUAAUCCUCAGCUCAGCUUCAAGGGAAAAGCCACAGCACUUUGAGAACAUUCUGGAAGGUUGGGCCCUGGGCUGUCCCUGAUCCUGGGAUAGAGACCCGGAUGGGUGCCAGCCACUAGACAGGGCCUGCACACUGCCUGGAGCAGUCUGUGUCCCGCAGGACACUCUGACACCCUGGAAGGGAACCCCAAAUGCAAACCGUUGUUACUGUGGUCUGUUCUUUUAUUUCACCUUAGAUAUUAAAAGGAAGAGAAGUGUUUGGGAUUUCUUUUUAUUUUGCCAGGGCUAAGAAAAAUCUCUCCUUUACUUUGUGGAUGAGACUUGAAGGAGGAAGAGAAGAGGUGGGGAGGAAUAGUGGCCAAGGAACAGGACUUGGUGAGUACAGGGGACAGGUGUAGGCUGAGGGGAGACAAAAGGGAGAGCUGACCAUACCUGUGUUCUCCAUGCCCAUAAGUUCAGGACUGGCCCUUCCUUGGCUGGUGUGGGGGCCUGGAUCAGACGAGGAAUUCAGCUGCCCAAGCCACCGGCUCUUCUUUACUGGUCAGUGGCGCCACCUGGUGGCGGAGGAUUUUCCCAAGUGACCUUGACUUGCUGCCAUUUCCCCUUAGCAGCCACCCAACUGCCCACGCCCCUACCAGCCCAAGACUUUAAAGGGACGUACAAAAGAAGGAAGUCUUGUCAGCUCUGUUAAUAAGAAGUCUUGGAGGGUCCUACAAUGUAUAAUAGUGCCUUGAGCUCGCCUUGUGACAUUUAAGGCCACUCUUAGGACUUCAUUCCCAUCUCGUUCCAGGACCCAGUCAGCACAAAUGAUAUCAUAUGCAUGCAGGAUAGACAGGAAGGACAUUGGUUGGGGAGGGGCAAGAUAAUUGAGGUAGCUUUAUUAGACUUGUGCACCCCAAAGAGGCCUGGCCUCAGGCUGAGAUGGCCCCUGAGCCAGGGGGUAGCCAUAGUCUGAGAGUUGUCCUGAGGGACCAGUGACAGUAGGGACAUUGCAAGAACCCCCUGGGCUCUCCGCAGGUUCUCGGCAGGCCUUGGGGCGGCUUCAGCCUUUGCACAUCCCUCUGCUGGUCACAUGGCUGCUUCCAGUAACCUUGACAGAAACAGAAGGGAUAGCCUGGGGCCCAGACAAUGGCCCAGGAGGCCCAAGCUGCCUAACAGAGGCUCCCUGACCUUGGAAGAAGAGGUUCUUGGGAGUGGGGGAUAGAAUACAAGAAAAAUUAGAACGAGGUUGGCCACCCUACUACACUAGGGUCCUAGACACCCCAAAACUAGCCAACAGCUGGGAUGCCUACUGAGAUUUUUUUUUUUUUAGGUGAGAGGAUCCCAUAAUUUAUAUCCCAUUCUCCAAGGCUCUCCAUAAUAGUAGGGACCAGGCUAUGCAUAACAGUUAAUCUGAGGAGCAGGCUGGGAUGUAGUUCAGUGGUAGAGCACUUGCCUAGUGUGCUGGAGGCUCUGGCUCAAUGCCAGCAUAGGGGAGAAAAACCAAAACCUGAAAGGGACUCGGGAGGUGGCUCAGUGGUGAGUGCCUGCCUUGCCUAGCCCAAGGCCCCGGCUCAACUCCUCACCCCUGUCGAGGGAAAACCCCCCUGAGUAGGUUUGUGUGGCUGGGGGAAGGGGAGAGGCUGGGGAAUAUGGUAACUAAUCAGCUCCUUGGAUUAGUAAUAGUGACAUUCUGUAUAUUUUUAUAUUUCCAAAAAGAUCACUUUUAUUAUUUUGGAAUACACUUUUCUUUUCUAACUUAUUUCCUAUUACAUUGUUUACUUAAGACCUUCAAGUGAA